CAUUAAAGUUGAUAUUUAAAUGAAGCACAGCUGAGAACUUAAAUCACUCAAAACAUCCAAUCUCACUGAGCCGUAAAAUAUCUUUCAUUUAAAGAUCACACAGACGCACAAUAUUCUUUACAUUUACAGCCAUUGGCAUUGAUAAACUCGCUCUGACAUAUUCAGAAAAUGAGUUACAUGUCUCUACCGGGAAAAGUAACAAUAGUAAAUCUGGAGACAAAAGAAAUCUCUUGAUGUGUGUGCGGGCGUGUGGGCUGGAAUUACUACAUGUCAACAGAACUUGCGCAAAGGCUCACUGGCCUGUACAUACACGUCUCCGUGCGACAGACCUCGUUCAUUUGAACCUUUACUGGAAAGACAUGAAACAUCAUAGAACCAAUGACACAGACAUUAGACCUUCCAGCGUCUUCAUCAUAAUGUGCUGUGAUGAUGAUAGAGAGAGAGAGACCUCGAGGGCGAGCUCAGGUGAGACGACGCGUCCUCUGUGUAUAUGAGCAAGUGCCGUUCACAGAUCUGUUGCCAGGUGUGACGUGGCUGCCGACCAAACAAACACUUCCCCUUAGAGGAAGACGAACUCAACCUCACCUAUACCUGCCGUUCAUUCCUCAUUGCCUCACCUGAGCGACUCUACAAUCUGGAUUUUUUAACACACGGGAUCGAGGCAGACUGGAGAAAUAGAAAGCACCUGAUAGCACAAUCCAGAGAAAACGUCAAUCCGUCAAGAUUUUUUGAGUUACGGUCUGGUCCUGUUGGCGGAAACGUGUUUACGUUCGCAUGUGUUCAGAUGAGAGCGUGAGAACUUCGCAUUCUACCUUAAAUCUUUACAGAGACAACCGAGGUCACAUGUCACAAGCUACUCAACUAAGAUCUGAAUGAUCAAGAUGCCUCUCAGGACGUCGCAGCACCGCAAACCAGCGUCUGCAAGAUGGACGAGGAGAUCAUCCAACCGCAGAGACGUUCUGUCUGUCAACAUGAUCAGUCUUCCUCUCGCAGACUUCAGACAUCUUUCACACAUCAGCCCUGACAGUCACAUGGACCGCAGCUUUGGAGAUCUCUCCUUCUUAAAGUCGGCGGGUAACAGCCUAGUCCUCCAGAGCUCUCAAAGCGAACAGAACCUCUUCCUCGCCUGCAACCCGCCGCCGAAGCCCCCCCGGCUGAAACCGUUGGAGGGCUGCUGCAGUCCCGUCUGGGAGCACGUGCCUGUCAAUCAAAGACAGAAAUGCAGCUCGAUGCCCCUCUUGGACAAUGAGGAAGCAGACGACGUGGAGCAGCGCUCACCCCUCGAACCGGCCAACAGUCCUGAUCGAGGAAGUCUCAGUUCUGGACAAGAUUCAACACAAACAAACGCAGAGGAAUCGCAGGCGGAUGAGAUGGAUUCAGCAUUCAGUUUGGAUCUGGGACCCUCGAUAUUGGACGCCGUCCUGCAAGUGAUGGAAAAACUCCACCAGCAGAAGUGAGACGGAGAGUGACUGGUUCAUCUGAUAACAACAACGCUGAACAUUUGCUUCACGUUGCACAACUAAAAACUUCUUCCCGGAAAUGUAGGAAUGGGAAAGGGUUUUCCAGACUGAAAUGUGCUUUUUGGUCCAAACCCUACACACUUUUUUAAAAUAACAUCCCGUUGGGUUGAAAUCUGUUAUAUAAAGUUGUGUGAGCGGCAGUCUGUCUGUACAGAAGCAAGUCCACAUUUAGGAGAUUGUCCGGAUACAGUUAUGCGUUCUUGAUAAGUGUUAGUCAAUGUGUGCUUGAAUCUAGCUAAUCAUUAAGCAGAUUUUAUUUCACCUCUUCAAACUCUGAGCUGUCAUGUCUUUAAAAAUGUUAUAUAUUAUCCUAAACUACACAAUAUAGUAACAGCUCUGAUGUAAAACUGUUUAAUUAAAUAAUAAGGCACUUUGAGUACAUCAAUGCUGUCCUUCUGAAACCUUG